ACUGCUCGUCGAUUCGCCGAGCGAUCGACAUCGAAGUGUUCUCGUCGAUCGAGGAAACGAGAAAGAGAGAGGAUUCCUUGAGAUACCAAGCAAACAUCCAGCAAAAGGGUAUCGGGCGUAGUCAGAGUCGAUUUGUCGUUCAGUGCUUUCUUUCGGAGGAAGAAGAUAAAGGUAUCAGGGAAGAUGGAGAAGGAACAGCCGGAUUCCUUGGCGACCGUAGCCGUCGUCUCGGAGAAGAUGCCUCAUCCGCCUCAUAGUAAUUACGCACCAAGCGAGGUGUACUCCUCUGCCGAACCGCCACCGGCGUACAUUAGGCCAAAGAGCACGGCGGUUCAAAUUGCAAGAAUCGCGGCUGUCACCUUGGUGACAAUGUCCGUGGUCCUUGGAAGCUUCAUCCUUGCAGGAUCCUGGGUCCAAGCUCGAGCAUCUUGCACACCUGAAUCGAUUGCUGCAAUGCAAGCUGAGCUUAGGUUGCAGCAACAGCAGCAACCAUCAUCGAUUACGUAUCAGCAAGGUGAAUUCUUGAAGCAUCUGCAACCUGAAGCUCUCGUUCAGGAUACGAGCGAAACGAAGGAGGUUCAGCAAUCUCUCGCUGAGCAAACACCAGUGAAGAAAGAAGCAGAGCCAGACACCAAGGACGUCAAAGUCCACAAGGAGGAUGAGAACAAUUCAAAGUCAGACAACGAAAGCGGUGACCAUGACGAUGAUGACGAUGACUACGAUGACGACGAUUUUCCUCCCGUGCACAUCAAAUUGCCCCUUCAACUCGAUUUUGAUGAAAUUGCUGGCACUUUGAUCCAAGAGGCACGCAGCAGAGUUUCGUGCGUUGUCGAAAGACGAAGGGCCGAUCAAGUGAUGGACGGUGCUAACAACAAUAAUAUUGAUAACAAUACUGAUUCUCGCUAUCAAAGACUGAGCGGGGAACGUGUCGCCAUUUUGUGCGAAUCUGGCAAUCCUCAUCAAGAGCAGCAAGAUCAAGAGAUGCUCACGCCAAUUAUUAUUCCAUUGGGAACCGUCCAAGUACCACUUCAGUCUCAGGAGCAGAACCCAGCCUACCAUCAAUAUCAAGUGCACACUCAGUAUCAAGUUCCUGACAUGCAACAGUUACCACUUAGCGACCCACGCGGACUUAAUCACAUCCCACCUGGUAUUCUUCCCCCUGAAUUGCGAAAUAUCCCUCAGGUAACUAUGGAGAUGAGGCCUCCACGUAUGGGACCACAGACGCCCAUGAUGGGACCACAAAAUCCUGCGAUGGGACCACAAGUUGAGCUGCGUCGAAUUCCCAUCGAAUUGCGUCAUUUCCCGGUGAAUCCAAUAAGAGGUAUGCGACCACCAAUGCCCCAGGAACCGCAACAAGUACCUCUGAUGUAUCAACAAGUCGAACAAACUGGAGCAUAUGGCCAAGAACCAGCUAUGAUGCCUCCUCCAGCGCCGCAGCCAGAAGCUCAGAUUCAUGAGCAAAGGAUUAUUCCUCAUGUAUUGAUCCCGCAAACCGAACAACGUCCACCUCAGAUGCCACCGCAAGUACAGCCUCAAAUGCAGCCCCAGAUGCAACCUCAGCCUCAAGCUCAGCCUCAGUCACAACCCCAACCGCAGCCUCAAGUGCAAGAAAGACAACGUUCGCCCUUCCAAGGAAUUCCGUUCGAAAUUCGAAGGAUUAUCCAACAAGUACCUCUAGAGAUUAAGAAUAUCAUUCAACAUAUCACCGGUGAAGCGAGACCUGUACCCGUACAAAUACCAGAUGGUGCUCGCCGCGAGAAUGUCCAGGAGUUCAAACCGUUCCCGGAAGGAGCUCAACCCAUUCCUUUAGGACUUCCACUUCCGAUAGAGGUACGAAAUCUAUUGGAGCAUGGAAAUAUCGAGGGCCGCCAGCGACCGGAUGGUUCCAACGAACAACAGGAAGCGAGACCUUUUCCUGGACCGGAGGAUGAUAGCGAGGAAGAAAGAAACUUUCCUGUACCGGCGGAAAUUCGUAACAUAAUUCACCAGGUCGUAGAAGGUAAUGCGUUCCCAGUUCCAAGAAUUUCUCUGCCACUGAGACCUGUAGAAUCCUUGGAAAUACCUGUUGAGGCCCGUGCUGAAGUUACUGAUAAUCAAAACUCUGAACAAGAAUCAGAGCAAAGGCAGCAAGAGCAACAACAAACACCACACAUGAUGAUGGACCAGCAACAACAACAAGUGCAACAGCAACAACAAGAACAAGAAGAAGAAAGUCGCCCACACUAUGUGCAACCACGUUCGGUGCGUUCUAUCCCAGAGGCAUUUACUCAUCGCCGUGAGAAGCGUGUACGUCGUUGUGCUUGCGAUUGCGCCUGUUAAUUCCAGUUACAGCGAAUCGAAUGUCCCAUCAUACCCGGUCAAAGAGAAUGCCCUAAAAAAAAAGAAGAAGAAACGCAGCUCGGAACGUGUUUGACGAGUUCCCGUAAACCCGAAAGAAGAUUUUUCAGGCGAUUCACGUUUCCUUUCUCGAAUUUCAUAUUUUUGUAAAUCUUUACAAUCUUACGAAAGCAAACUGGACUGUAAGAAUAAUCUUAUUUUUAUAGAAGACAGCAUGGGACGAAAAGUCAUAGAGAUUAAAAAACACCGUUAAGUUUGUAGUAUUACAUUGCUAUAAAGCAGCAAAGCUACGAACGUGCUUUUAUUUAGGCUGUUCAUAAUACAAUCGAAGAAAAUAAAAUGAUAAAAAAUAAAGAGAAACUCGAGGGUCAGAAGACAUUGUAGAGAGUAGACAUUUAUAUCGACACCUAUUAGAGGGAGAAGAUACACCUAUUAGUGGGAGAAAAAUCCAUUGAUUAAGAAUAAUAAUAUCCUUUUUCUCAACUAACACGUUUUCAUCGAAGGAAAUUAUUAGAGUUUCUUCUUUCAGUGACAGUGACAAUCGCAUGCAGAGAGAAAAUUAAAGAUAUGAAUAAAUCUGUGAUCGUUUCUUUUAUUUUCAUUAAAAAGAGAUUAAAAAAAAAAAGGACACAAGAAGAAACUAAUAAUAUGUUUUUCAAAUAAUCGAAGAUAAGUUUGCAAUGUUUCGCAACAAUUGCUAUAUGUGUAUUAUGUAGAUGGCUUAAGAGAAGUUGCUAUUCUUUAUCCAGUAUUGUAAUUAACGUCGACACUUGCGGUUGGUAAUUUUUAAUCGGUUGUCUGCUUAAAAGAAACGAAAAUAAAGUUUGAAGGUCCUUCCAUAAAAUCCA